AUGAAUUCCACUGUGUUGGAAACUAUAUCGAGCGGUCAUCGAGUUUUGGUGUACUACCAGACUCAGUACGAUCCAACACUCCCACCCAAUUCGCCUUUCGGACACUACGUGACGCCUCUGCCACUCAUUGGUGUCAUCAGCCACUUGUUGCUUGCUGCUUUUCAUAUCAACUUUGCGGAUGUAUCCGUUCACUUGAACGACUAUGUGCCUGAAGCCCCAUUCUUCGAUCAAAUGUGGAAAGACAUUGCGAUCCUUCAGAAGACUGGCAUAAAGAUAAUUGGCAUGGUCGGGGGCGCUGCUCCGGGAUCCUACGUGCCGUGCUUGAAUCAGACGCUUUUUCCAACUUACUAUCCGGUUCUGCGGAACUACAUUCGGCGGUACAAGUUGGAUGGGGUCGACCUUGAUGUCGAAGAAGGCGUUCUCCUCGACGAUAUCAUUCGCCUGAUCAAGCAACUGAGACGUGAUUUUGGCCCCGAAUUCAUCAUUACACUGGCACCUGUUGCUAGUGCAUUAGAACAGGGCGGAAAUCUCUCUGGGUUCGAUUACAUCGAGCUCGAGAAGAAAGCAGGCCAUCUCAUAUCAUGGCAAGUCCCAGAGCGAGAUUCUGCGUUGCUUAAUUCAAACCUCUUCUCAGGUAUAAUGCACAAUUCUAUUCGGGAUUUGGGACGGUAUUUCUUCCCCGAUGACCAAUACCUAGAGAUUGUCAAUUAUGGUCGAGGGCUCGAUCCAAGUCGUCUGGUUGCCACCACGGUGACUAAUCCUGAAGAUUCUUAUGGAUUCGUCGACAUUGAUCAAGUAGUUCAAUCCGUCACCGACCUCGCCUCAAAGCAGCACUUUGCAUUCGGCGGCGUUGCAGGUUGGGAAUACUGGAAUUGGAUUGUAACAAAUGCCUUAUGUAACAAUGUCACGGGUCCGCGUGUACGUAACGCUAUGGCAAGUUGGUAUCGACCUGCGUCUCGGGCAUUCCACUGCUCGCCUGCUCGAAAGGCAAUUACUCGUCUUGAAAUGCCCGCCAUGUCUCCCACAAUGACUGAGGGUGGGAUUGCCUCAUGGAAAAAGAAAGCAGGAGACGCGUUCGUGGCGGGGGAUGUGUUACUCGAGAUUGAAACGGACAAAGCUACAAUAGAUGUUGAGGCUCAGGACGACGGUGUGAUGGGAUUGACCAUUGUCCCCGCUGGCUCAAAAAACGUCGUCGUGGGUCAAGUCAUAGCGCUUCUGGCAGAAUCAGGCGACGACAUUUCAAAUCUGCAGCCUCCAACAGAAGAUUCGUCGGUCAAGCCAAAGCAACAGUCGCCCCCCAACUCAGAGUCGCCUGUACCUCGCCUCCAUCCUUCUUCUACUGGCAAUCACUCUCAACCUCUAUUUCCAUCCGUGCACCGUUUGCUAGUAGAAUACAACAUCUCCAAGCCUUCUGAGAUCACAGGUACAGGUGUCCGAGGAAUGCUCACCAAGGGCGAUGUUCUAGCAUUCCUUGGCAAAGCCUCUGGACCACUAGGCACUUGGAAAAAAUCUGCGUCACCGCCCCCACCAUUCGUCAAGCCCCAACCCCAAUCGCUUGACGGUCCCGCAUUGCGACGUCUGAUUGUGUCCGGGAUGCUGCAAAAUUCGUUAAGGAUGAGCAACGUGAAGCCAGCUCCACCCCCAUUGGCCGACUUCGAUUGGAUUUUGUCCGACUACACGGUUCAUACUCAACCGCCCGCCCCCAAAAUUGUGUCGCAGUCGACGCAGAACGCGUCGUGGCUUAAUGGCUUGAUUUGA